AUGACACUACACAAAAACUCAAUGGUGUACAUACCCACCAUCAAGGAAGCUAAAAGACGUGACGGGAAAUCAGGAGGGAUACUAAAUGCCAUUGAAGAGUUGAUUGAAAAACUUUAUUGGACUUAUUAUAUUCAUUUACCCUUUUAUUUGAUGGCGUCUUUCGACUCAUUUUUUCUCCAUGUUUUUUUCCUCACAAUUUUUAGUUUGAGUUUCUUCGGUAUAAUCAAAUAUUGCUUCCUUUAA